UAUCAUUAUUUGUUAUUUAACUGCACGCACUAGGCCUCUUGCUCUAAACUAGCUUGAGAGAAUUAUUGGCCCUUCUACGACUCUAGGUCUUCCUGCGCGUGUUUCCUAGAACUUACAUAGAUCAAUGAUAUCAAUGAGCUUUCGCUAGCCCCUGCUGACGCUUGGCUUAGGUUGAGGAACGGGCUGAUAAGCAGGCUCAGCGGGAAGGAUGGCCUCUGCAGCAUCCGCCAUCUAUUUCCUUAACCUCCGAGGAGAUAUUUUACUCGAACGCAAGUACAAGGACGAUGUUGACCGAGAGAUAGCAGAAAGCUUCCGUGAUAGGAUCCUAAAUGCCCGCGACCGAGAUGCAACGGCUGUGCACGUUCCCAUCCGGACGCUUGGCUCGGUCACCUUCAUGUACUUACGCCACGCGGACAUCUACAUCUUGCUGCUCACACGGAGCAACGGCAACGCGAUGUUGUCCUUUCGGUUCAUGACUUCGCUUGUGUCACUGUUCCAGUCUUACUUCGAGGGCGACCUGUGUGAGUCCUCCAUACGCAACAACUUUGUGCUGAUGUACGAGUUGUUGGACGAGGUGAUGGACUACGGCUUGCCGCAGAUGACGGACCCCGCUAUCCUCAAAACGCUCAUCCUGCAGAAGGGCUACCGGUCGGAUGGGCUGCUGGGGCCGGGCUCGGCAGCAGACGUGGCGGCCAAGAAGGCGCGCGAUGCCGCCGCCGCCGCCAACGCCACGCUCGCCGUGACGGGCGCCGUGGGGUGGCGUCGCGAGGGUCUCAAGUACAAGCGCAACGAGGUCUACCUGGACCUGGUGGAGCAGGUCAACGUGCUGCUCAGCAACAACGGCACCGUCCUCCGCAACGACGUGGUGGGUCGCAUCCAGAUGAAGUGCUUCCUGAGCGACAUGCCGGAGCUGCGGCUGGGGCUGAACGACCAGAUGCAGGACGCCACCUUCCACCAGUGCGUCAAUCUGGGCGCGUAUGAGUCGCAAAAGGUGGUCACCUUCGUGCCGCCGGACGGGGAGUUCGAGCUCAUGAGGUACCGUGUUGCUGAGGGUAUCACGCUGCCCUUCAAGGUGCUGCCGGUCAUCAGCGAGGUGGGGCGCACCCGGCUGGAGGCGGCGGUGAGCGUCAAGGCCAACUUCUCACACAAGCUGCAGGCGGGCCCGGUGGUGGUGCUGGUUCCCGUGCCCGACAACACCGCCUCCGCCAAGCUGCUGGUCACUGCGGGGCGCGCCAAGUACGACGCCACCCGCAAGGCGCUGGUGUGGAAGGUGCCGCGCUUCCUCGGGGGGGCCGAGCACACGCUGCGGGCGGAGGUGACGCUGGUGGCGGCAACUCGGGACAAGAAGCCCUGGGGCAGGCCGCCCAUCCAGAUGCAGUUCCAAGUUCCCAUGCUGGGCUGCAGCGGGCUGCGGGUGCAGUACCUUCGAGUGGUGGAGCGGAAGCAGGGUAGCGCAUACAAGGUUGACAAGUGGGUUCGGAAGCUGUGCAAGAGCGGCGACUUCCUUAUCCGCAUCUGAGGGGGG